AAUAUAUAUACAGAUAUGUGUGUGUGAAUAUUACAACCCCACAUUCAGACAAUUAUAAUCUUCGACAAGAUUAAGGAAGUAAUAAUCCACAGAACCAUGGAAACAAGAAUCCUCAAAUUCCUCACAUUUCUCAUUUACUUCUUUCAUUUACAUUCAAAAGGGACAGCAGCGCCGGUGGGAGUGUGCUACAGCCGCGCCGCCACCAACCUCCCGCCGACCUCCGCCGUGGUCAGCCUCCUCAAAUCCAACGGCAUAACCCGGGUCCGCAUCUACAGACCCGACCCGGAAACCCUAACCGCAUUCAAAGGCACCGAAAUCGAGCUCCUAAUCGGCGUGCCCAACGAGCAGCUGGCGGCGCUCGCCAACUCGACGGCCGUCGCCGCCGCGUCGUGGCUGCAGUCGAACAUCCUCUCCGCCGUGGACCCGAGCCAGGUCCCGUACCUAGCCGUCGGCAACGACGUCCUCCUAAAGGACCCGAACCUAACUCCGUACCUAGUCCCUGCCGUCCUCAACCUGUACGGCGCGCUGCAGAGAUUAGGUUUGGAAAACACAAUCAAGCUCUCCUCGCCGGUCGGCGCCGCCGUGAUGUCGGCGGCGUACCCGCCGUCCUCCGCCGCGUUCGACCUCAAUCAGGCGGCGGCGAUCGUCCCCCUCCUCCAAUUCCUCCGCGACACCGAUUCGCCACUGAUGGUCAACGUCUACCCCUUCUACAGCUACGUCGGAAACCCUAAAUCCCUAACCCUAGACUACGCCCUUUUCAGGUCGUCCACAAUCGAAAUCGACCAAAACUUAGGUUACACGAACAUGUUCGACGCCACCAUUGACGCCUUCGUCUACGCCAUGGAGAGAGAGGGUUUUAGGGAUAUUCCGGUGGUGGUGGCAGAAACCGGCUGGCCGACCGCCGGCGGAGAAGCCGCCGGCGCCGACAACGCGAUGACGUACAACUGGAAUGUCAUGAUGAGGGCGUCGAGCAAUUUCGGGACCCCGAAAAGGCCCGGAAUUGGGGUCGAAGUUUUCUUGUUCGAUCUUUUCGAUGAGAAUGAGAAAAAGGGGUCUCAGUAUGAGAAACAUUUUGGGAUCUUUCGGGUCGACGGAGCCAAAGCUUAUGAUCUUAGGUUUAAUUGAAUUUGUUCUUAUGAAAUUUAUAAAUGUUGUCUGUAAUUAAAUCCCAUAAAAUGUUUGUUAGCCUCAAAUCGAAGUAAUAAAUGAUACUGCAUCGUA